GCCACCUUCUUCAUAAGCGAGGCUCAUUCCACAGAUAUAACCAAAACAAGAACAAAAAGAAAAAAAAAAUGCAGGCCCAACCGCUUCAUAUAAUCCCACCAAAAUUCUUGUCGCCGGUGAAGCUACCGGCGGUGAAUAAAAUAUCGUUGCCGUUUAGAACGUCACGAGCCAUCUCGAUCACUGCCCCGGGUGAGCAAAUUUUGACUCCAGACAUCGUAGAUGAUUCCAUGGCAGCUUUUUGGGAUUACCAAUUUCUAUUUGUGUCACAACGCUCCGAAACAGCCGAACCGGUCACUCUUCGUGUCGUGGAGGGUGCAAUACCGCCGGACUUCCCUCCGGGAACGUAUUAUCUCACCGGACCGGGGAUGUUCACCGAUGACCAUGGCUCCACAGUGCACCCGCUAGAUGGUCAUGGUUACCUUAGAGCAUUUUCGAUUGAUGGGGUCAAAGGAGAAGUCAACUUUAUGGCAAGGUACAUUAGGACCGAGGCCCAAGUGGAGGAAUGUGAUCCGGUGACCGGCCGGUGGCGGUUCACUCACCGUGGACCGUUUUCUGUCCUGAAAGGUGGGCAAAAGGUUGGUAACACUAAGGUCAUGAAAAAUGUGGCAAAUACUAGUGUGCUAAGGUGGGGCGGACGGCUGUUCUGUCUGUGGGAAGGUGGGGCCCCCUAUGAAAUCGAAUCUGGGACGUUGGAUACAAUCGGGAGAUUUGAUGUGAUCAACGGGUCAGAAACGUCGUCCUCGUCGGCCGAUGAAGGGUUAAAAGAAAAUGAUAUCUGGGAUGUAGCUGCAAAAAUUUUGAAACCAGUAUUAUAUGGUGUGUUUAAGAUGCCACCAAAGAGGCUGUUGUCCCAUUAUAAGAUCGACGCAGGUAGAAAUAGACUUCUAAUCAUGUCAUGCAAUGCAGAAGACAUGUUACUCCCUCGCAGCCAUUUUACUUUUUAUGAGUAUGACACAAAUUUCAAAUUGUUGCAAAAGCAAGAGUUCAACAUUCCUGAUCAUCUAAUGAUCCACGAUUGGGCAUUUACGGAUUCUCAUUAUAUACUGUUUGGCAAUCGCAUCAAGCUUGAUAUUCCCGGAUCAAUGGCAGCAGUAUGUGGAUUAUCUCCAAUGAUAUCAGCAUUGUCGGUAAACCCUAGCAAGUCCACUUCUCCAAUUUAUUUGCUCCCUCGAACUCUUAAUGGAUCAACCCAAGAGCCAUCAAGAGAUUGGAGAGUAGCUAUCGAAGCUCCUUCACAAAUGUGGGUAUUACAUGUUGCUAACGCUUUUGAGGAGAGGGAUGAGAAUGGUAAUUUCAAUAUCCAAAUCCAAGCCAGUGGUUGCUCUUACCAGUGGUUCAAUUUCCAAAAAGUGUUCGGGUAUAAUUGGCAAAGUGGUAAACUAGACCCUUCCACUAUGAACUUAAAAGAAGGAGAAGACAAGUUACUGCCUCACCUUGUUCAGGUGUCAAUCAACUUAGAUGCUAAAGGAAACUGCCAAGAAUGCUUGGUGAAACCUUUAAAUCAAUGGAAUAAAUCAUCAGAUUUUCCUACAAUCAAUCAAGAUUUUUCAGGCAGUAGAAACACACACAUAUAUGCUGCAUCUUCUUCUGGUUCCCGCCAAGCAUUGCCACAUUUUCCAUUCGACACUGUGGUCAAACUAAACACCUCGAACCAGUCCAUUCACAAAUGGUCUGCUGGUCGCCGCCGAUUCAUUGGCGAGCCCAUUUUCAUCCCCAAAAGUGGCAGAGAAGAUGAUGGGUACCUUCUAGUGGUAGAGUAUGCAGUUUCAAUACAAAGAUGCUAUCUUGUUGUAUUGGAUCCCAUGAGGAUUGGAGAAGCAGAUGCAGUUGUUGCAAGACUUGAAGUUCCCAAGCAUUUGAACUUUCCAUUGGGCUUUCAUGGCUUUUGGGCCACUAGUUAG